AUGACUCAACCAGGGCAGUUGCCAAAAAUGACGGACAGCAGCAUUCUGCAGAUCAGCUGCAACGGCUCACACACAAUUCGCAUAGAGAAGCCCCUGAAUGCAAAGGAUCUAAGGGCCAUAAAAACAAAACUCCAAGAUGGCCGCAAACGGUGUGUGGCGCUGUUAGAGGACGACGGAGACCAGUUCCUCCCCCGGGACAUCAUUGCAGAGAUCCUGACGGAAUCAACCAUUCAAUCACUUCUGCGGGAAAAGGACACAACAAGCGGGAUACACCUGAGUGCCAUUGUUGGUGAUGAGACACGCAUCAAGCUUUUCACCAUCUUGAUUCUAAUGAAGAGGACCAAAUAUCUUCGGCGCAUGAUUCGGCGAGGUCUCCGGGAUAAUAACCUUCCCUUAUCAAAACGAUCCUUGGAAAGCAUAUUCCCGACGUCGCAAGACAAUUCUAGCUUCGUGGACCGUUUCGUCAUUCACCAAUCCUUGGUGGCUGUGCCUACUUGGGACUUCACUUCUCCCGAUAUGCAGGAGGGAGAGUACCCGUUGAGGUUCCACAACCUGCCAUUUCUCAAGAAGAAAAAGCUUUCAAAUGGUGGGCAAGGAUUAGUUUGGAAGGUAGAAAUCCACCCGGCCCACUUCACGGGAACCCGGACUGGUUCGAGCCGAUGGGAAUGCUUCCACAGAGGCCCCGAAUUCGCUGUGAAGGAAUUCUCGAAGGAAGAAGAGUUCAAACGAGAACUUUCUGCCCUAAAGUGCUUCAACCAGUCCAAGACCAAACACAAGCAUUUGAUCAGGGUUCUAGCAGCCUACUCGCAGGGCAGAAGCCAUUUCUUGAUCCUACCGCUAGCCAAAGGUAACCUUGUCGAAUUCUGGAACCACAACGGUCCUCUGUGCAAGGACCCUAUCUGGCUUCUCAGGCAGUGUUACGGUCUCACGGAUGGCUUGCGCAGGAUACACAAAUGCGAGGUUCCAGAAGUCGGACCCUCGUCACAUGGGCGGAACUUCCUUCGAGGUCGACAUGGCGACAUCAAGCCGCCAAACAUACUCUGGUUUGUCGACAACUCGACGGGAGAAAACCGGCUAGUCCUCUCCGACUUCACGCUGAUGCGCUUCCACGCGCAGGGGAGCGAGACCGACACGCUCGUGGAGAGCGUCGGCAGGACCAGGACUUACCGCGCCCCCGAACUCGAUGUGUUGCUGUCACCCGACAGUCGAGUCAGCCAGAAAUAUGACGUCUGGAGCUUGGGGUGCGUGUUCCUGGAGUUUGUCAGCUGCCACCUCGUCGGCUACAAAGCGACACGGGGCGACGAGAAACACUUCGACGGCGAUUCUGGCCAAGGUUACGAGACCUUCGAUACCACUCGCGUGGUGGAGGACUUCACCGCCGGCGGAGGGGUUGAGGACAAGUAUUUCAUCCACAAAAGGGGGAAGCAAGCCGCCGAAGUCAAAGAGUCAGUCAAGGAUUGGUUUUCUUACCUGCGUGGACUGAAACAUUGUCCCACUGCCCUGUCUGAUUUCUUGAAUCUCAUCCAGAAGCAUAUGCUCGUCAUCAACCCGGAUGAACGAUGGGGCUCGAAGAAAGUUUUUCGCCGCUUGAGACAGAUACUAAACCAGAAGUCCAACCCCAAGGGAUAUUACUGUUCAGCUCGUGCGAGGGAUACUUUCCAUCCCAGCCCCUUGCUUCGUCUAUGGGACGAGUCCUCAUACGAUCAACGGCUCUUGUAUCAUCUUAACGACAAGGCGGAACUGCUGACCUACUCCGGCUUGAAAUCCAGCGUGGACCGCGCCAUAUCUGCUCUGCCCGCCUCCAUGAAGCAGGACAUGGAGUUCUUUGACGUCACAUUUCUUUCCCAGUCCUCCGUCUCAGUACAUGGUCCCAGCCGCUCUCCGACCACCACAACAGCCGGCACCCACACUGCACCGGAAGACCAAAGGGAUACCGUAUCGGAGACCUCGUCACUUGCUCAUGACCCUAGCUCUACAGAAGCCUCUGUGGACCUUGCGCGUAGUGAUAUUUCGGACCAUCCUCUGCAACCGCCGUUAUAUCAAUUUGAGACGAGAAAUCGGGCACCGAAGCUGCUGGGCAAAGCGUCCAGUAUAAGCUCCAUGCAAGUAUCCACAGAUUGCAUUCAACAUGAUGUGUCCCAAGACGCACAAUUCCUCCGCACUCCCUCAAGAUCCCACGGUCCUUCUUCCUCAAGAGCCACCAGCAUCUUCACACGCGACCUGCGGAGGAUCGUGCUGAAGGGGAACGGCGAUGUCCCAUCCAACGACAUGUUUUAUCGGGGCUCGAUCGCGAACAACGGGAGAACAUUCGAUGAUUACGGGCCAUCUUCAAUCUUCUAUGAUGCAGUAGCGAAGUGGGACCCCUUUCCCCAUAGUUGA